GUGGAGCCCUCCUCACCACAAAGGAGGACAAGGCUGGGCAGAAUGGAGGACGCUCCCUUAAAAUGGAGGGACAUGGCCAAAUAAAUAACAAGCUCAAAACCACCCCUAGAAAUGUCAAUCCAUGCUUCUUGGUCACUCUCAAAAUGGAGGAUGGUUUUGUUUUGGUGUUUUUUGUACUGCCUCCUGGCUGGACACAAGGCUGAUAUAUGAGACAUGUCCUGGAAAAAGAGGACCGCCUCUGGUCACCCUGUUUUGGGAGGCCAGGUUCCUAACUCGGUUGUGUGGAAAAGCCUUUCUAACAUGUAAGAAGAGGAAUCCUCUCAGGGAAGGGUUUGAAACCAAGGAAACUGAACUUUGCCACCUUCUGAAUGAGUUGUGAGCAAAGUGAAAGUUGGAUGUUUUUCCAAAAUGGAUUCUAAUUCAUCUACCUCAGCUACUACGACAAGACUCCACUCCUCUGAUAAAUAUAGAAUUCACAAUAUGUGUUGUCUGCUGAUGAGAAGGUCACAGGGAUUUUACACUAAAGAUGCUGGUUUGGUUUAUAGAAAAAACAUGGAAAUCCUGAAGAAGCUAAUAUGCCAGGAAAAUACAACAUUCAGAAAUGUUUGGAUUGGUCAUUCUACAUCCCCAAUAACUUAUCAGAGUGGAAGGAUCUAUUUUGAUAAUUAUCGCCGCUGUGUGAGCAGCAUCACACCAGAGCCAAGGAUAAUUUAUGAAAUGCCAGCAUGCCCUAAAUCGGAAAAAAUAGAGGAUGUUUUAUUAUUGGAAUGUCCAGUGGGUGAAAUGCUGCCCAGUCCAUCAGACUACAAAUCUUCCUUGGCAGUCCUGACAGCUCAUAACUGGCUUUUUCGUCUUUCUGCAACUACAGGAGAAAUACUUGAAAAAGUGUAUCUUGCAUCCCAGUGCAAAUUCAGAUAUCUGAGCUGGGACACUCCUCAAGAGGUUAUGGCUGUUAAGUCAACUCAGCAGAAGCUUUCAGGGGUUGCACAGCAGGCAGGCAUCCAACAAUCUGUGCUCUUCAUUCUUGCUGUCUUCAGAGUUCUGCCACUGUCAUUUAUUGGAAUGCUAGAACUGGACAAAAAAAUAUUUGGAAAAAGCAUGACAGAUGCUGCAAUGUCUCAUGGUAUGUUGAUUGUGACUCACAGUACAGGUCUUGUCAGACUCUAUAGCUUCCAGACUAUAUCUGAGCAGUUUAUGCAGCACCAAGUGGAUUUGGGACACGAAUACAAUUGGAACGGCAAAAUUGGGAUUGUGGGGAAAUACCCUUUUGGCGUUCCAUGUAACAUUAAAAUAACAGAUACUCCUGAUCUGCUUUUUGAAGUGUCAUCCCUGGAAAGCACAUUUCAGAUUGGAGGAUACCCCUGGCAUUACAUCAUCACUCCUAACAAGAAAAGUCAAAAAGGAAUCUUCCAUGUUUGUUCUUUGAAAGACCACACUUUGGCAAAGAAUGGUGUACAGGAAAUGAAAUGUUGCUCAUUGGAGCCUGACUGGAUAUUUUUCCACCCAGACAGUUCUGGAAGGAUACUACAUGUAGGACCAAAUUUGAUUAAAGUUUUGAAGCUGAAAGAAAUGGAAAAUAAUGCUGAACAGCAGGAAGUUAAGGAAGACUUUAUCAUAGAAGCUAACAGGGAAAAUAAUGUUAACAACUCUGUAACUGUAACAGCUUCUGGCCGAGUAGUGAAGAAGCGUUUUAACUUAUUGGAUGAUGACCCUGAGCAAGAGACUUUCAAAAUCGUGGAUUAUGAAGAUGAGCUGAAUCUACUGUCCAUUGUGGCAGUUACUCAGAUAGGAUUUGAUGGAAAAGCUCAUCUUGAUCUUCACAGUAAUGAGCAUGGGACUCAACUUAAGAGCAUUCCUUUUGUAGAAUCUUGGGAUGUGACAUACAGCCAUGAAGUUUACUUUGACAGAAACGUGAUUCUGCAUAUUGAACAAAAGUCCAACAGGAACUUCAAUUGUUAUGUUUACCAAAUGAUCUGCACCAGUUCAAAUGAAGACGAAGACGUAAGGAAGGAAAAAGGAGAGCGACAGUUUUGUAAAAAAAUAGGAAGACCUUUGGAAUAUUUCUAGAAUUUCCCUCAUUAUAGUAGCUUUUCUGUGGACAGCAACCAAAGACUUGCAAGCCUCUUUGUGGUAAUUAAAAAAUAUUAUUCAACUUCA